AAUUGGAAAAGUUGCAAUGUAAAAGUCAGCAAUUAUCAAAACCCCUUGCAGUGAAAACAAAGUCUCUUAUUCGUAAAGAAAGAGAGUGUGAAGGAUCAAAUUUGAAGCAAAAAGAAAUAGGAUUUUUAAAAUCAUUUUGCAACGAUGAUACUCAAGCUUCGACAUCGUAUACACAAAAAAAUCGUCUAAACGAUGAAACAUUAAUUGACGAUUAUCAUUACGAAAAUUGUCAUAGUAGUGAGAAUGUAUUAAACGAUUCAUCAGAUAUAUUGAGUACUGAAGAAGAUAAUAUAAGAGAGAGUUCUGCAUUAAGGGAAUGUGAAAAUAUUAAAAAAAAAUCGAAGAAAAGUAGUAACAAUCAGAACGAAUUAAAUAAAAUUUCAUGCACUUUAAGUCAAUUUACAUCACUUCAAAAUACGGAUUUGAAAGAACUGUUACUAAACUUUAUAGAUGGACAAAUUAUUGUAAAAUUUUAUGAGAAGCAUAACGUACUCGAUGAAACCAAGCGUAGAAAAUUGACUGAACUUCUUAUUACUCAAUUUAUGUUUCAAAAAUCUGAAAACGGGAUAGAAAUAGUUCGUUUGACAAAUGCCGAUUUUGACAUUUUAUCACAAAAGAUCAGGAACUUGUUUCCAAAUGAGCGACAGGCAUUUUAUUAUGUACCACCAAAAUCUGAAGGACCAUCUCAAAAAAUAUCAAAAGGAAAAUUACCAGAUUUUUAUCGAAAUAAACUUGAUGAAUGUCGACAAAUUGGACUUAUACAGAAGAAACGAAAGAAAACUGGCGAGGACAUUGAUGAACUAGAUAUUGAUUCAAGCAUUAAUCCUGAAGCUAAGCGUGUUUGCAAAACACACCUGCAGUGGUUACGAUACAAUACAGCACCUUGGUCGUGUGUCAAAGAACAUUGGAAUGGAUCUCGUGAAUUAAGACAAAGUUUCAUAAAACAACAUGAAGGAAGCGUUUCUGAUAUUUUUAAUGAAUAUCCAGUACUAAAACAAGAAUUCGGUUACAUGCUGUUGGAUAUUGAUUACGAUGCUUUAAUCGAUGAAAAAUCAAAUAUUUACAACGAGUGGCCUGAUUUGUCUAAGAAAUUAGAAACAUUACUGGAAAAUCGAGUCAUAAAAGAUAAAACUUUUGCUAAGCAACUGGAAGAAAUCCAACUAUACAAAGAAGGAGAUGAACAUAGAGAUGCUGCAUUGCUUUUUUUAAUACCUGUGCUGUGUCCUUCUAAUGCGCGACUCAGAAUCUCAGGAGGAAACAAGAUAUGGCGACCUACUAUAGCGGAAUCAAUGGAUGCUUUUAUUUGUCAUAUUAAAAUCCCAGGAGAGUUGGAAAAAGUAAAACGUCGAAGACAAGAAAGAGCCGCUAAACUAAAAGACACUGUACAGCCAUAUAUAAUUGUAAUAGGCCCACAAUUAACUGCAAUUGAGGCUUUUUAUAUCAUCAUUGAUGAUAUUAUGUAUAAAAUGGAAAAUGUGUUAAAGGCUGUUGACAUCCUAUAUAAGAUUUUUCAAGUUCUCAACGUCAAGUACCCACCUGCCUGUGAACAGGUUUGGCUAUUUAUACAAAAAUAUAUUUAUGGGCGAACAACAAAAUGGGAUAAAUAUGAUAAAUCUGUGAUGAAUCUAAUUGAUCAUUUGAACAGAAUUUAAAAAAGUAUAAAGUAUGAUGUUAAU